GCUGUAGAGGUCCAGAACGCAGAAGGCUCUAGAAGCCACCGUCCAAAAAUGGAGGAUUUAAUGCGCGAAAAGUAACUUGCGAAAUUCAAGAUUGACAGAGCCAUGGGAAAAUAUCUUCAGGUCACCAUUACAAACGUCUCAGUCCACCGUAACUUCACCGAUCACCGCUCGAAACUAUUGACUGGUCGAUUCGUGGCCGGGCCACCAAUCUUCAUUCUGAUGGCGACAAUGAAAAGCCUGAUAUGUCCCCCCUUUUCAUUCCGAGAAAUUGCCAUGGAUGAGUUGGUGAUGGUGAAAGAAGAAGCAGAGGUAACCGAUGAUCGGCCGCAUCCUAUUGCAGGGCUGAACGAUAUGGGACCUCCACCGUUCUUGGUGAAGAUAUUUGAGAUGGUAGAGGAUCCAGAGACGGAUACUAUGGUUUCAUGGAGCACUGCUGAGAAUAGUCUUAUCGUAUGGGAUUCUGGCAAGUUUUCAACAACACUUCUGCCCAAAUACUUCAAGCACAGCAACUUCUCCAGCUUCAUUCGACAGCUGAACACUUAUGGCUUCCGAAAAGUCGAUCCAGAUCGAUGGGAAUUCGCAAAUGAGAAAUUUUUAAGAGGCCAGAAACAUCUUUUGAAUGAAAUCAAGAGGCGUCGAAACGUUGGCCAAACAUCACAGCACCAGAAUCCAUCAGGAGCUCGCUUUGAUCAAUGGAGUCAAGUAACUGGAACGCCCUGCGUUGAAGCAGAACAGUUUGGUGUUGAGUUCGAAGUUAAUAGGUUGAGAAGAGAUCGUAAGACUUUCAUUGCUGAGAUUGCGAAGCUCAGAGAACAGCACAAGAAUUCUCAGGCACAGCUAAUGGCUAUGGAGGAACGCAUAGAAGGCAGUGAACGCAUGCAAAAGAAUACAUUGUCGUUCAUGGCAAGAGCUCUUAGAAACCCUUUUUUUAUUCAGCAGCUUGUACUUAGAAGCCGAAGCAAGAAGAAGCGUUCAGAGACCUUGCAAACGGCUGAAGAACUCCAAAUAGUUUGGGAAAUGGAGACUUUGCUUGGGUCCGAGAACGAAUCAGUUAGUUGUAGUGCAGAGGAAGGUGCGGCUGAGUUUGAACCUUGUGGAGAGGAGAUGGGGGAGAUGAGUAAUGUGAUAUGGGAACUGAUGAAUAAUGAAGGCCUGGAAAGUACUAGAGCUGGUGGUCCGGAGACUAAUACUAAAGCGGAGAAAUUUGUGAAAGGAUAGAGCCAUUGGAUUGAUGUGACGCAGAAUUACCCCCCAUCAUGAAUAAACUCUCUGUAAUCAUGUAUAAGAAUUUAUCUUCUAUUUAUGUCGGGAAUUAAUGCAAAUUUUGAAUGGAUUU